AUGCCGUCCCUUCCGUUUUUCAGGACGGCCUCCGGCUCCGCCUCCCGCACAAUCAUGGCGGCAAGGUACAACUCGACCCAAGCUGGCAGCGGCCCAUCCUACGGCUCGGCAACCCGCUCAACCGUCCCUCCUCGUUCAACACAUGCGACGUACCACCCUGACGGCUAUGGCAUCUCGGAAGGCCUCAAGCGUGCACGCAAGCCCUAUCGCGUACGAAACAUCCUCACUGGCUCGCUGAUCAUGGGCUUCGCCACGAGCGUCUACUUCUACUCGAUCUCAAAGGUGAAGCAAGACGACUUCUCAGAUUUGGCCGAGAUCAGGGCACCCACUGCAACGGACUCGGCACCUGUUACCACCGAGUCGGACCACAAGCACAAAGUAUGA